AUGUCGUUAUGGUCGGGGUACAGCACCCGCACAUGUUCCAUAGGAUCAAAUACUUUCCAGGAAAAUGUCAAUUUGGUCGGUUUCUUUGAUGAAGACGAAAUCACUGCCGAUAAAUUGGCUGCAAAAUAUCCAUCACUUCGAAAGUUUGAGUCCUUAAAAAAGCUAUUUUCAGAAGCAGAGGUCCAUGCGUGCUUCGUUCAUGCCUUGGACCACGAUGUGCCUCGCUAUGCUCGAAAAAUUAUGGAUUUAUAUCCUCUGUUGCAGGGUCUUUUCUUGGAGAAGCCUGGAGCCGCUAUGCCUCUGGAUUUGUUUCAGCUUGAAAAAGACCUAGCAAAAUUCCCCAAUCUUGUUGUGGAGUUUGGGUGGGAGAUGCACUAUUGCGAGGUAAUGGACUAUACUCGACAACUUGUUAAUCUGGGUACUCUAGGUGACAUUACUCUUGCCCAUUUCCAUGGUGGAACUCCAGUCGGAGGAGCAUUAGAAAAAUGGCAAUGUUUGGAUUCUACGCUUGGAGGGUUUGUCUAUACUGAUGGGUCCCAUACCUUUGAACAGGUGGUUGAUCUUUUUGGCUUACCAAACCGAGUUGUAGCCUCUGUGAGAAAAUUACCGUUGGGAAAAGAGCAGUUUAAUUGCGUUUGCAUCAUAGACGAUCUUUUUGGCGAAGAGAAAUAUGAUAGUGUACCUACUCGUGUGGGUUCGGUCAAGUGGGAAGAUAUAGGCUCGGUAAUUUUGGAGUAUAGUGACAAGAAUAUCACUCUUGACUUUACUUGCUGGGAAGCCAAGGAAUGGUGUGCUGAUUGGACUACAGAUAUCUAUGGAACAAACGGAAUUCUUCACACUUUCUUGAAUCCUCCAAAGGCAAACUUGUACUUGAGAGAAACGAGAAAUGGCUUUGAGAAGGGUGAAAGUUCCAUGAAGACCAUGCUUCCGGAAAACCAAUCCAAUUGGGUUUACUACUUUGAAAAGCAGAUCCAAGUUUUUUUCGAAAGAUGUUUGGGAAAGAAGCAAACUGAAAAAUGUGAUAUGGAAGCAGAGGUGACACUCAUGAAGCUCUUGGAGGCAGUAUUUGCGUCGGUGGAAAAGGGUGGAUUUGUAGAAAUAAGGAACUAA